AUGCAGGCCACUUACAACACAGCAAGCAUCUUCAUUGUCGAUCCCCCGCAAAUCGCUGGGCUCGCACCAGGCUUACUAUCUGCUUCAUCGUUACCCCGGUCGGGUGUUGUGGAUCUCGGGUACUCGCAGUACCAGGGGACAACGUUGUACAAUGAUGUUGAUGAGUUUCUCGGCAUAAGAUAUGCAAAGGCACCAGUGGACAACUUGCGAUUCCGAGCGCCACAGGAUCCCGAGUCGACGAAUGAAGUCUUGGAUGCAACAUCGUUUGGUCCCGUUUGUGUAGGUGUUGCAGAGACUGUCGGUUCCACCUACGGUGAAGAUUGUCUGUUUGUCAAUAUUUGGCGGCCCAAUAACGCUUCCAAUGCCAAUCUCCCCGUGUGGGUGUUUAUAUCCGGGGGUGGAUAUGCAGACCUCUCCAAUGCCAAUUAUAACGGGAGCGAAGUCGUCGAAAAAUCCGGUAACGAUAUUGUCUUGGUCAAUUUCAACUAUCGCGUCGGUGUUCUGGGAUUCCUGGCGAGUGAAGAGGUUCGCAAGGGUGGAGAUCUGAAUGUCGGCUUGCUUGAUCAGCGGAAAUUGCUGGCUUGGGUCCAGCAGAAUAUCCACCUCUUUGGUGGAAACCCGGACCAUGUGGUGAUUCAUGGCGAUUCGGCGGGUGCAGGAUCUGUUGCGCAUCACAUCACUGCGUAUGGGGGACGCGACAUGAAUCUUUUCGCCGGCGCAGUGGCUGAGUCGAAUUUCUGGCCAACACAGCGGACGGUUGCGGAAAUGGAAUUCCAGUACACGAGGUUUGCGCAAGAUGUUGGCUGUGGUAGUGCUGAUGACAUUCUCGAAUGUCUUCGUGAUGUCGAUAUCCAGACGAUUCAGGAGUAUGACGUUGAUGAGCCUUUCCCUGGUGGCAGUAGUAGCCCCGUGCCGCUGUGGUACUUCCUCCCCGUAGUUGAUGGGGAAUUGGUACCGGAUAUUCUGUACAGACUAUUUGAGGAGGGAAAGGUGGUCCAUGUCCCAGUGAUGGUCUCGGAUGAUACCAAUGAAGGCACUGCCUUUGCAGUCAACGCGACUGAUCCCGCCGAAGUGGCCCAGUUCUUGAAGAACAACUACCCGAAACUCACCGAUGAUCAGCUUCAAAUUAUCAACGAAGAGUACCCUCUAAUGGAAGCACUUCCUAAACAUGCUGCUUAUUUCCCCUCUGCUGCAGCCGCAUACGGUGAUUCGACGUUCACUUGCCCAGGCAACCACAUGUCAGCCUCAAUGGCACGAUUUGUCUCAUCUGACAUAGUGUGGAACUAUCGUUGCAACAUUCUGGACGCAACAGAGAUUGCUAAAGGCAUGGGUGUUCCGCAUGUAUUUGAGAUGCCUGCUGUCUUCGGGCUUGGUCAAACCAGCGUAGCGUCGUUGUCUUUUGCCACCACCAACGCCGAUAUGGUUCCUAUCAUUAUGGAUUAUUAUCUCAGUUUCAUCAAGGCGCUUGACCCAAACACUUUCCGGAAUGAAAAUGCGCCGCUUUGGAAGACUUGGGGAUCGGGAACUGGGGAGCGAUUGAGACUACAGACCAACUCUACGGCCAUGGAAUUCGUGCCUCAGGACCAGGUGGAACGAUGUGCGAUGUGGCAGAAGUUUGCGAUGACGAUGGAGUUGUGA